AUAACAUUAUUAUUAUCUGACACAUACGCUGAGUUGCAGAAAUAAACUUUAUUACUUCUUCUUAAUUCUUCAAAAAUGUUUACUAAAAAACAUGGAUAUUUCCAGAGAUAUAUGAACAGAGUCGUCGGCUGAUAAUGGCACAGGACGCGAGGGUAGACGACUACCCGUACGUGGCGUCGAUACAGAAAGAUGGAGCGCACUGGUGCGGCGGCGCACUGCUCAACCCCAGGAUUGUCGUCACCACGGCUAAUUGUGUUUGGAAGUCUACAGACGAAUCGUCCAUGAAGGUGCGCGCGUGCUCCAGCCAGGCGCAAGUUGGCGGUCAGGUGGCCGGGAUAAAGAAGGUGAUGAAGCACCCGAAGUGGGACAUCCGCGCCGAGCCUGCCAAUGACAUUGCUAUGCUGCAGCUGGAUAAGAACAUUAAAUUUUCAUCCGGAUGCCAUGCAGUAGACAUUCCGAACAGCAACAUGAUGCCGUCUUUUUAUGAAGUCUUCGUCACUAGCUGGGGAUCUCAAGAUCGAGACGGUUCGUUCACCCACGCGAUGCGGCCGCUCCAGGUGUACCGCGCCAGGCUGCUGGACCUGGGGCGCUGCAGGAACGUCACCAACCGGUUCGGGGUCAACGUCUCCGACACUUUCUUCUGCGUGGCGCAGAGACACCAUCAAGCGCCUUGCACUAGAGACACGGGCGCUCCGGCGGUCAGCGAGGGGGUGCUAUGGGGCCUCGCUUCAUGGGGAUUGAGGCGAUCUUGCGGCACAGAGCGGUACCCAGCCAUGUUCACGAGCCUGGCGUCUCCGUCGGUGCAGGACUUCCUCUCGCUGGCCAUGUCGCAGCUCAUGAGGGAGGAACACGAUGCCGCUGCAGGACAGUGGGGUGCAGCCUAAUGGUGAACGAUGAAGUGGCUUUAGAUGUGUUUGUUAAGCG